CAGACAUGCUCUUUCAACUUCCUCAUAUUCUGUAACCACGUCUCAGGCUUUUGAGAUGAGAUUUGUCUACUUUACUUUUUGUUUUACACUAUUGCUCUGCAGCAGAAACUUUCAAGCCUCAAUCCUUAAGCCUGUUUCUAGCUUGUGGACUUUUACUACAGGCCAAACAUUGUUCUUUUCUUAAAAUUGACUGGCAUUUACAUUACAUUUGAACUUUAACCACAUGGUUAAGGUGUGUCAUGCUACACUAACCGGAACUAAAAGUCAUAGUUAAACCUUGUUAAAAGGUUAGUAAUUGUUUUUUAGGAACUCAUACUACAAAGGAUCAAGAAACUGCUGUCAUUCUAUCCAACCAUGGAGGUGAGGCAGCGUCUCUCUGCGUGUGCUCUGCUGCUUCUUUGUAUGACACUGAGUACAAAUGGAGGAAACAUCUUGGUGUGGUACACUGAAGGCAGCCACUGGAUCAACAUGAAGCCUGUGCUGGACACACUGGUCGACAGAGGACACCAGGUGACGGUGCUGGUCCCCAGCGUCUCAAUGUACAUGAAAACCAAUGAAACCUCUCGCUUGCGCUACGAACCCUUCGAUGUGUCCUUCACAAUGGAUGAUAUGCAGGAGAUUUUGCAAAAGUUACUUCACUUCACUAUAUAUGAGGUGGAUCAAAUGUAUUCCGUGCAAAUGUUCAUUACAUUGAUAGAUUUGUUGAACAGAAACCUGGUUAUGUAUCUGGAAUACUUGGACGGCGUGUUAAAAUCAGAAACCAUCAACAAGUUGAAAGAUGGGAAGUAUGACCUCCUUCUGGCCGACCCCAUGUACCCUGGCAGCGAUUUGACAGCAGAGAUUUUGGGAAUUCCUCUGGUUUUCUCCCUGCGACUUACUGUUGGGAAUAACUGGGAGAGGCACUGUGGUCAGCUACCUGUUCCACCUUCCUACGUCCCUGCUCCUUUGAGCCAUUUGACAGACAGCAUGAGCUUCUUUGAGAGACUGAAGAACUUUCUCUUAUACGCAGUGCAGGACAUCAUGUUAGCAUAUUAUUAUUGGCCAAAAGUAGACAAGUAUUACUCUGAAGUCAAAGGUGAGUCAAACCGGCAGUAA